AGCAAAAUCAAAAACAUUUCAUCCCGAAUGGGCCUUUCCAAUGAAAUGUUGCAUCAUUGUCUAUUUUUUUUGUAGUUGUAUGUGGUAAUAAAAUGUUUUAUAUUGUACAAGACAUUGGCUUUGUUGGUUGUAUAUUUAACCCAUGUGUGUUGUUAAUCUGUAAUGACAACAUUUAAAACUGUGUCAGAAGCUCAUUUUAUCUUGUUCAACAAGACAUAACCAUUAACAACUUUUGUAAUGUGCAAACUAGAAGAACAUCAUGGAAACGUAACAAAAUGCGCAGCAGCAGUCACGUAUUUCUUAGCAUACAGGAUUGCAAGAGUUCAUACUAGUUCAAAUGAACUAAAGUAAGUUGCAGCAGAUUCUGUUUCGUGUUUUGCUUGUUUUGCAAGAUGAUUACAUAGAAUUUGUUUCUGUAAAUAUAUUUUGAAUGUUCUAGUGGAAGUGAGAAGUGUGACUAUGUGGACAAGUGUGAAACGUGAAGCAGGAGGCAAACUCCACAAGGUUUACAGUAAACACCUAAUUCAGUGCUCAAGAGCCCUCAUCAACGCUCAAGGCGCAUGGCACAGACACACCGUCACCCUCUGACAUGAAACCAAAGAUCCAGUAGAGUUGUGCUUACCAGUGCCUAAGAGUUAAGUGUGAGCUGCCUGAUUUUUUUUUUUUAACCUCAACACAGCACACUGCAAUAGCAAACUUUGUGAUUUCAGCAAUGAAGAAACGUCUCAUCCAAGUGUUUGGCUUCUUGAUCUCAACACUGGGAUGGACAUUUGUGCUGUGCACCAUGGCAAUGGACUACUGGAGGAUCACCCAGCUGGGAGGACAAGGAGGCUCCUUCAUCAUCAAGGUGGCCUGGUACUGGUCCAACCUUUGGAAGGACUGUUUCACUGAUUCCACAGCUGUCACCAACUGCAGAGACUUCCCAGUACUCUGGAGUGUCACCGCUUACGUCCAGGGAGUGAGGGGAUUGCUGAUGUGCGGGUUAACGCUUGGAUUUUUCGCUGCAGUACUUUGCUUUCUUGGGAUGGAGUGCACAUAUAUUGGUGGAGCAGAUAAAACCAAGGACAAAAUGCUCCUUAGUGGAGCAGCGUUUCAUUUUGCUGGUGGCGUGUCAGAUAUUGCUGCCUACUGCUUAUACAUCAACAGGAUUGCCAGAACAUCCUUUGCUCCCAGUGUACCAGCUGGAGUUUUACGGUAUGAUUUAGGACCUCCCAUAUUUCUAGGAUUGGUUGGAAGCUUUUUCAUCCUACUGGGGGCUGUGUUUUAUGCUGCUACAGUCUGCAGAGUAAUCUGCCCUAAAAGGUAUCUAAAUCAUUCAUCUUCUCCUUUAUUUCUGCACCGACUGAGGUCAUGCAACAUCAUUAAUUCGUUAAUGCUUUACAGUAAAGUGGUGGAAGUUUAUGGAGGACGCACAUACAUGGCCCCUUUCUCCAGAGGAAGAACCCUGUACACUGGAUACUACGGACGAUCCGGGCAGUACGGAACUUAUUACGGCUCAGGACGAUCCAGCAGCUCCAAGAUCUCCAGGCUCUCUCAGACAACACCUACAAAAAUAUCAGAAAGAGAUGCAUUUGUGUAGUCACUCAAACCUCCGUUUUGUAAUGG